UGCCUGCGGUGAUCAUUUUCUGGGUUCUUCAAGUUACGCAGUUACCAUUCAUCCUCGGUCGAUUGCAUCCCUGCUGCACGUCAAGAAUUCCCGGCUGGCUUUCCAUCGCUGCAUCGGGCGCUUGCUUGUACCGGAGAAACAGCGAGGGCAAGAUGCAUCUCAACCAGGCAAUUCCCUUGUGCUCGGCCGUUACUCUCUUUUUUUCAUCGUGCAUGUCCUUACCUGUCGAUGAGUACCGACUGAAAGCAUCCCAAGAACUUGCGCCAAGGGCGACCUAUUCGGUCGUCCCCAUUCAUGGAGGCUCGGGUCCGGGUGGGUCCGGCGGCUCCGGAGAUUCGGGUGGGUCUGGGUCCGGCUCCGGCUCCGGCCCGGGGUCGGGGUCGGGCCCUGGACACCACCCAGUGACGGUUACCGUCGUGGAGACAAUACCACAGAAAACAUAUUUCCACACCGUAUACGUCACGUCGCCUCCAAAAACAGAGCGUGUAAUUGAGACGGUCAUCGUCACCAAAACGGUACAGGUUGUCGAUAUCAGCCAAGACGCCAAUACUACCACGACCGUUGUUUCGCCCACGUCUGAGACCCGUUCAAUAUCCCUGACCUCCAACUCCGAAGCACCAACAUCGAGGACCCUCCCUACCUCGACAGCAAUACCAAAUCCAGUCUCAUUGUCCACGACAAGUACUGCAAGAAUCCCUCUCCAGACUGGGUUUACAAGCACGAGCAGCACCACCUCGACCAUUCCGACACAAAAUGAUGGGAAGUGGCACCCAUCAUCGUAUCCGUCAUGGAAUGGGACCAUGUUACGCCGGGGCUCUCGGAGAUGGGUCCAACCACGCCAACUUGCCUAAUCCACAAAUCAGAUGAGUUGCCAGCUGAGGGCAGUAAAUAGGGCCACUGUUGGACUUCUGUGUCGAAUAAUUGAUGCAUGUACAUAUCGCAGCGAUACCCCUAAGGUAGGAAGGAGGUAAUAGGCGCUGGGAGCCACCGUGGAUCAAGAGCUGGAAACUGAUGGCAUUGGGGCGCUUCUCCGAAGGUUUGGGGGCAAUGGUGGUGUUUACGGCGUUUGGUUUACUCUUGCGGACGAUUUCGGGUGAAGACAGUGAAGGCAGUUUUGAGUCAACAACACGCACAACUAAUUAAUUCAGCCGCGGCCAUCCC